AUGUCAGCAAAUCGGCCCCGCGUGCUGAAUUUCAUCACGAGCAACCGCAACAAGCUCGCAGAAGCGACUGCGAUCCUUCGCGGCUGCGUCGAGCUGCGCAGCCAAUCCGUGGACGUAUUGGAAAUCCAGGGCACCCCGCGGGACAUCGCCGCGGACAAGUGCAGGCGCGCCGCCAUUGCCGUCAAUGGCCCAGCGCUCGUUGAGGAUACGGCCUUGGAGUUCCACGCACUGAACGGCAUGCCAGGACCUUACAUGUACGUCAUCCCACUCUUGCCCGCUUCCGCCUGCCUGACGCCCAAUCGCCCGCCCAGCCGUCCGUUCUUCUCGGCUGUCGGCAACGACGGCCUGCGCAACCUUCUGGCUGCGUACGAAGACAAGUCUGCCACGUCGGUUUGCACCCUUGCGUACUGCCGGGGACCAGGAGAGGAACCCGUGAUCUUCGAGGGACGAUGUACUGGCACGAUUGUGCCACCAAGGGGGAGCAAUGGUUUUGCGUACGACCCGAUCUUCGAGCAUGAGGGUCAGACCUUUGCGGAGAUGGACCCGAUGUUCAAGAACCAAGUGUCAGAUAGGUACAGGGCUCUACAGAAGCUACGACAGUGGCUGGAAGGUGCGACGGACUGA